UGUGUGACAAAAACCGCGAGAUGCAAAACGAUAGCAAACGAAGUUGGCUUGUGGCUCUCGGGGCAUUCUUUCUUGUUGGAAUCGCGAUUGGAAUAUCAAAUUCCUUUGGUGUUUUGUUCACAAGCUGGACGGGAGAAUUUCAGGAAAACAGAACAAAAAUUGCCUGGAUUGGUUCGUUUCAUUUCAUUUGGUACAUGUGUCUAUGUCCAGCAUGUGGUAUCUUAACUCGGUAUUUCAGUUUUCGACCAGUUGUCGUCCUAGGAAGCACUUUUUUAUGUCUUGGUCUACUACUCAGUUCAUUUGUGAAGGACAUUCCACUGUUCUACCUGACAUAUGGCGUAAUAUUUGGCACUGGGACAUGCCUGUUAUAUAUGUCAAGCAUAAUAGUUUUGCCUUUUUGUUUCGAGAGACAUUUGGCCGCAGCAACUGGGGUAGUAUCCUCCGCAUGUGGUGGUUUUCCAAUGUGGUAUGGACCGGCGUGCGAAUAUUUAAUACGACAUUACGGAUGGCGUGUCACAUUAAGAAUAGUUUCAUUAUUUUUCAUUCCCUUACUGUUUGCGUGUGCCCUGUUCCCUAGUAAAAAACAAAUACCUCGUGAAAAGGGGAAUGGUUUAAACGUCCGUGUAACGUUUGGUAGAAUGUUGAAAAAUAAGGGAUUCCUGACUUGGGUGCUUCUAAUGGUAUUUGUGUAUCUUGGACUCUUUGUACCUCAAGUUCACUUGAUAUCCUUUUGUAAAGAUAUUGGUAUACCAACUUACGUCAGCGUAUACAACAUUACCUUGAUGUGCGGCAUGGAGACUGCUGGAAAACUAAUUUUGGGGAGGAUGAUCGAUAAAUACAACUGGAGUGUUCAUACCUAUAACAUUUUGGCACUAUUAACUCUGGCUGUAUCAAUAACAUUGCUACCUUUAGCAAAAACUCAAACCCACGUGUUUAUUUUUUCAAUUUUCUUUGGUUUUGCCCAUGGAUUCCAGUCAUUGUGUGUCAUUAUUAUAACUCCUGAAGUGUCCCACCCGGAUGAUGCGAAGCACGCAGUGACUUACUUAUUUGGGCUCCUCAGUAUACCGGGGGGUGUCGGCCCAGUUUUAGCAGCAUGGAUAUUCGACGUCACCCGCUCUUAUCGUUUAGCAUUUUUUAUUUCUGGAGGAUUCUUCGCCUGUGCUGGUUGUCUUGCAAACCUGAUUCAACUGAUAACCUCAAAGACUACAAUCCGUAGUUUGGUAUUUGAUUCAACAGCAAAAGCGCAUAAUUUUGAUGUCAUGGAGAUUAAGGAAAACAGCUGUUGAUUAUUUACCGAGGCAACUUUGCUUGCUGAAACCUAUAGCAAGUUGCUGAAGAUUGAGAAUGUCCAUGUUCUGGGAGGGAGGAGUGUUCAGCACAACAUGGUUUCAUUCACUGGCAACAGCUUAAGCGGGAUUUUUGCCUAAAGACUGCGCUUGAAUUGCCCUCAACUCUAUUGUUGUUUCUUAAACCCAUUGUUGUGCCCCAAAAUUUUCUGCAACUUAAAAUCGGAAUCACAUUCACAGAUUUUAAUGCGAAAAUAUUCUUUUCAAAUCUAUAACCGAUUGUGUUGUUUUUAAGGUGAUUUCAAUUCAAAAUUUAGCUGUGACAGCCUGUGUAAUUUAUUCUUCACACCCGUAGAUCCGCCACUUCUGUGAAUGUCGAUGAAUAUAUUAAUAUGAAUAUAAUA